CAAGCGGCCGCAGCACACACGCGCUCAAGUACCACGACGUGGCCGAGGAUGCCGCAUCACGGCCGUUCUGAGUUGUUGCCGUCGGCUCUGGUCGCGCUGUGGCUCUCCUCAUUUGCCUGCAUUGUUCAUGCUGCCAAGAAAGACUGCAUGAUAGACAAGGAGAAAGGAUGGUUUGACCCCAGCAACGUGUACCAGUGCAUGAAUUCCGAUUGCUGCACCGAGUACGGCAAGCACUCCUGCUGCGCCAAGAAGGCAAAGUCCGAAAUCAUACAAGAGCAGUUGCUACUCUGGGGCGGCUUACUGGGCUUCCUGCUCCUCCUCGCUGUCAUCAUCUACUGCAAGAGGAAGGACGUGCAGAUCUUCGAGGGCCGCUCUCUACGCUGCAAGUUCUGCCCCGGACAGAGGGACCGAAUUGAGAACAUUCGAUCGAACGUGGCCUGAGCCGGCGGCAGCAAAGAUGCGACGCGACUGGGAUCCGCCGCCGAGGACGCGGGGCCUCGGCCGGGCCGCCUUCGCACGCGAGCCCCUCGUCGGGACCUACGUGUCGAGCGACGGCGGGUCCUCAGACUGACUACGUUCCACGAGGAAGGAAAAAAAGAAGAGUUUGCAAAUCCAGAGCUUAGGAAGUGAUCGCGGGUUGCACCAGUAUUCCCUUUUCUCCCCUACAGCGAGUGAGCAAUGAGGAAAAACUAACUUACAUGCACACACUAAAAGCAAAGUAUACGUUCUUCUGUUGUAACCACUAUUCCUGUCAGACACAUAGGAAACCUGUUCUCAGAACAUCGCUGUUAUAAAUUAUGUCACAUUUUUUUAAAAACUUGAUGUGAAGAGUGCGGACUUUUCAUUUUUGGAAGGCUUUUUCGGAUGGAUGAAACGUCGUGCUAUCCAGAAUUACGCAAUUGCGCUUUGUGGAAGUAUGCUGAACAGUCACUGCCGAACGGGUUCUUUAAGCACUAAAUAAGAGCAAAGCCUCUACGAGGUCCAUUCGGUGCAAAGUCGUUCAAGCUGUUAGAGCGAACGCUGCCUAAAACCUUGCCGAUUCAAUAAGUCAAAUUUUUCUCUAUCAUCUAAACGAUUCGGCGACGGGAAGGUCAAUAGUGCAAACAUUGCGAGCUACGAAAAAGGAAGAAAGAAAAAAAAAGAAAAAAGGAAACAUGCAGGAAAAAGGCUGGUUAUCAGUUGAGAACAGUAUUACUUUCAAGAAAUAGCUCUGAGUGGCCUGCUAUAGCCAAUCUUUCUUCGUCCUUAGCGAUGUUGGCCAUGUUGACGACAAACUGAAUGGCCCAAUUUCGCACUUUCGUAGCCUCUGGUGUCGAACCGUAUUUUUUUUUUCUUCAGAAGAAUAGCCCCUUUAAUUCCGACCUCUGUGAUUCCAAGGCUAACGACCACUUCCCAUCGCGGCACGUAUACCUUUUUUCGUGCAUAACUUCCUGCUGCUAGACGAAAAUAGCCGUUAAUCGAAUAAGUAAUGGGCUUGUUUAGCAAAGCAGUUUCAUUGCAUUGUUAUAUUGUGUGGCCAUUAUCCUACUUUUCUGGA